AUUCUAUCCGCUUGCUCUGACGUGGCCCGCCUGAACAACGCAACAUCUUCCCCCUGCCUCAGACAUAGCAAUGGCCAAGUCAAGGCGCAAAGGCAAGAAGGACGUUCCGGGGCCAGGUAAGUCUCUUUCGACGGCGAGUAUGGCAGCAGACAAGAGUCACUACUGGAUCAUGAGCUUGAUAUGGAGACUCUGGGCGCAAUACGGACUACCCCUCUGGGCGGCGAUGCUGACAGCAUCGCCUUUGCCGGCUCCCAUCGCUGCAGAACCUGUGGGAUCACCUCCUGUGCCUGUCAAAAUCCCAGAAGAGCCUCCCGUGCCUGUGAAAGACGCUGAAGAGCCCAAGAACAAAGAUGAGCCUAAGAAGACAGGAGAGCGCAAGAAGAAAGACAAACGACCACAUCAGAAACGACUAUCUCAACAACGAGCGCCUCAGCAUCGACCACCUCAGCAGCAGAUCAUUACCCCCGACGAAACUCGUCCAGAGACGCCCCCAGCAGUGCCCAAGCCACCCCUCGCCCUCACCGACUUACCGACCGAAAUGAUAGAAGCCAUUGUAGAGCGAUGUGUGGCCACAAAUGCUUCAGGAAUACUCUGUUGCAGCAAAAGUUUGCACUCCCACGCAGUCGUCUGCCUGUACAAGGACGUCCACAUCAGGUCCCUCGACCAGCUCAGAAGUUUCGUCUCUGCCCGUUCCGGGUCACGCAAGUCGUGCGAUCUCUACACGAGGUCACUGCGAAUCGACAUCCCUGGCGUGCCUGGAAGCAGCGAGGCCUCUACGUUGCCCGCGACAGGAGGAACGCCUCACCAGAAUCUACAUACCGACAUAGAUGGGUCGGCCAACUUUGUGGGCGUUCCUCAGAGUGCGUCCGCUAAGCGUCUGCUCUACAUCUCGCAAGCCCUCGAGAUCUGCUCGAAGAUCAAGCACCUACACCUUGCCCUCUUCGCAGUGCACCACUCUGAACAUCGCAUCAGCAGCGAGUAUCGCAACCAUGAAUCGAACGCCUUCGUACGUGCGCUCUCAGGUCUCGGGUCACUUGAGACCCUGCUCUGGACUCCGCCUGCAGCUGCAGCCAACAUACAAGGUUUCAGCGUCGCUAUUGUCGAUCAAGCCUUGCAAUCGCUCGCCCUCGGCAUUAGAGCGGCCGGAUUUGCUGCCGUACGCAUCAGGUCGCGAUUCCAGGCAAAUGGGAUGAAGCCGUCGAUGGAGCUUCCCGUGGCUCACUACAAAGGAGACACGACCACUGCGAACGUCGCCUCCUGGUCGCAGGAAGCUAUCACUAAGGCUGCUAAUGGCCAUGGUCAUCCUCUCACUAGAGUAGAGCUCCACAACGCAAUUUUUCCAACGAUCCUAGGACCUGCAAAUCUUCUCUUCACUCUCGCGGCCCCGGCCUGGGAGGCCAUGCCACCCGGACGAAUCAUGCCACAUAUCCCUACUCACUGCAACAUGGUCAGCGGACAAAGAGUGGAUCACCUGCGCAGAUCUCUAUACAUACCCCACGUCUGCGAGCCACUCUUUCCCAACUUGACUGCGGUCAAGAUCUCCUCAGCUACGAACGUUUCUGCGCAGGGUGUCUGCGAGAUGCUGAGCCGAGUCGGCCGACCGAAGCCUCUCUCCAUCGAAGUCACCAAUGGCUUCAUCGCAAGUAUCUGGGAAGCUCGCUUGACGCGUGAGAGUAUUCAAGCCUAUCACAUUACGCAAAUGAAGGAUCAUAUUCAGAGGCAUCUCUCGCGUCUCUCGCGACGCUGGAUACCUUCCUUCUUUGACGCCGUCAAUCCCCUUCCUCGUCUGCGCAUGAUGCAAGGCUUCAGCGCAAGGGUACUCUUCGGUUGGUGGCUUACAGGCCGGCCUUCAUCAGUUUGGCCGUUCGUUGACGUCUUCUGGCAGGUCUACGUGCCCCUCUACCUCCUCAUCAGUGCCACCGCCCGGGACACAGGUCCGUGCUUUGCUGCCGUGACGCCGUAUGCUCAAGCAUGGCUGGAAAUUCUCACCACGCCAGAGGAAGAGGAAUGCGAGGCCGACUAUCUACUUCUACUGCAGAAUGGUCUAGACUUCCAAGAUAUUGCUGGCGCCCGGUUCUCCUAUCGCCUUCUGCAGCGAAACAUCGACACUCGUCACUCCCCGCUCUGGACCAACAGCCCGCCCCAUUUGGGAAAAUGGCGCGCCAGUCUCAGUCGAGAUGCGAGGUACCGUGGGCGAGAAGACACGAUUACGGUGGAAGAGUGGAUGGAUGAUCGGAUUCAGGCGCUAUUGGACAAGAGGAUGGAGAGUCUCAAGUUGGACAGUCAGCUUGAUAGGAUUGGUGGUGGUCACUCCAGAUCUGACGCGAGAGGCGCGGGGUGGUGAAUCGAAGGGACAAAGAGCAGAGGGAGCUUCUCCUUCUCGGCCAAGCAGCCGCAAUUACGAUUACGAACAAGAUGACGCAACCUUACUUUCACGAACAAUCACGACCUUACCUGUACAUCACCUUUACGAGUUCUCUUGUUACCCGUCUUUUGUCUUUGCGCUCAUCCAAUCGAGUCCAGUGUCACCCUGUAUUCUCAGAAAGCUUCUAUGCGUGAUGUGGUAGUGAAGAGUGGGUAUCAUUGCUGC